CGGUUUAUAUAUAUCUAUAUAUAUAUAUAUAUAUAUUUAUAUCAGUGAUAACCACGACAACAGACAUUCGAAGAUAUUAACAAGCGUUUCGAUUUCACGGAUUUUUAAUCAAUCGGUGAUCCGUGAUCCAUACGAGAUGCUGGUAGAACAAUUCGGGCGAUGGCUUUGGCAUAUAAUGGGCGGCAGUGGGAAUCAGAUCGCUUAUUCUCUUCUGAUAUUCGUUAGUGUUGCACUGGUGACCUAUUUGCUAUAUUUAAAAUAUAGCCGUAUCUUGAGGUACAAGUUACCUCCUGGUCCAUGGGGACUGCCGUUUUGUGGCUACAUACCCUUCAUCAAAGGAGCUGUACACCUGCAUUUCAAUGAGCUGGCCAAGAAGUACGGUGGAAUAUUCAGCGUUAGCAUCGGCUCCGAGUUGACCGUCGUUAUCAGCGAUCAUUUAAUCAUACGCGAUUCAUUCCGACGUGAGGAGUUCACCGGCAGACCAUCUAACGACUUCAUGAACAUCAUCGAUGGAUACGGUCUCAUUAAUACGGAGGGUGCUCUGUGGAAGGAUCAGAGGAAAUUUAUUCAUAAUAAUCUUAGAAAGUUCGGUAUGAAUUUCCACAGCUCCAAAAAUCUGGAAUCAAAGGUCAUGUGUAAUUAUUGUUGCAGGGACGUAAUGUUAAAUGACUAUAUGAUACCAGCUGGUACCAGCAUAGUAUCGUUGUUGUAUGCGGUGCAUAUGGAUCCUGAACUCUGGGACGAGCCGGAAGCCUUCCGGCCCAGUCGUUUUCUCUCUGCCGACGGUAAGGUGUCACAGCCGCCUUUCUUCAUGCCCUUUGGAGUCGGUAGACGAAAGUGCCUGGGUGAAAUAUUGGCCCGCAUGGAGAUCUUCCUAUUCUUCACUUCGCUAAUGCACAUGUUUAACUUGAGCCUACCUGAAGGUGCCCCAUUGCCCAGCCUGGAAGGUAUCAUGGGCGUAACAGUAUCACCGACACCUUUUAAAGUUUGCUUGCUGCAGAGAGAUCUGCACUUGGCAGACUGGGACAACAACGAGGUCUCUGUCAAUGGACCCUUGCGUAACAUUGGCAGCCAUUAAGUCCUCGACGAACUUUAAAACACGGGCACGGUACUUGUUCCUAUUGCUGGAGA